AGAGAGAGAGAGAGAGAGAGAGAGAGAGAAGAGGAUCAUCUUUUUUUCUUGGACGACGGGACACAUAUGUACACAUGAGAGCAAACUUAAGUAAAUGUGUAAUACUUUUGGACAUACUCACGGUCAAAAUCAAACUUACGUCAAUAUCCAUCGGUAGGAUUUCGUUUAUGUCUUCGGCCUAUUUCCGGUCGUCCCUGAAACGGAAGGUCGUUUACUUUUAUGAAGACCAAUGACCGUUUUUUAACGUUCGUUGCCGACAUUGUGAAAUUGUGGAUGACUUUCCUUGAAUUUCGACGGUGAAGGGAUAUAAAAGCACGUGAAAUGUAAGACCAACUUUGAAUCGUUUUCUAGACAUCUGACAAGUAACAGUGACACAUCCGUUUCGUGAUGAGAAGUUUACUUUUAAUAACAGCGCUUAGCGCGAUUUUUCUAAGAGACUCAUUUGGUAAACCAAUGGAAAAGAUGGAUAAUUCUGAUGUGCUGGAUCCCGUUGCUUCGAUUGUAAACGACUCCUCCGAAAUUGAAACCACGAGAGAGCAAAGAUCGCCGCAAUUCGGUUUGUUAGGUGGUUACAGUGAUUAUGAUUAUGAUGAUACGUAUUUCCAUUACGGAAACAGGCGAAAAUAUCAUCAUUAUAAACCGUUUCGACCUCAUAGGCCACAUGGUCUCAUCGGAGGAUAUGGAUGUCGUGGAGGAUAUGGCUGUGGUGGAGGAUAUGGGGGAUGGCAACCGGACUAUGGCGGUUAUGGACAAGGAACGUCCUUUGCUUCAGCAUCAGCAGGAUCUGUAGGUGGAGGUGGUCCUCAUGGUGGAGGACACAGCCAGGCGAAUGCACAGAGCGCGAGUUUUAACAUCGGGCCUUUCUCAGCUUCGUUCAGCGCUGCUCAAUCGUUGGGACAAACUGGAUUCUGAAUUUUUUAAACGGUAAGCACUGGACUGGAUCUUAUCCUAAUACACUGUAGACUCGUAUGUUUAUUUAAUUAAAUAUUUAUCUAAAUUAAUUAGAGCUCCAUUAU